AUGUUCCCGAUGCCAGGCACCCCAGCUUCGUCGUGGGCUACCUACCAUGCGCGCCUCUGGUCCAUAUUCGAAGGCGCUGAUCCUCGUGUGUGUGCCGCGUUCUGGCUGUUUGGCCUUGUGAACAACGUCCUAUACGUGAUAAUCCUCUCCGCCGCCCUCGACCUCGUCGGUCCCUCCGUGCCCAAAGGCGCCGUCCUCCUCGCAGACGUCAUCCCAUCCUUCCUUACCAAGCUCACCGCGCCCUACUACAUCCACAAUGUCCCAUAUCCCGUACGCAUCCUCAUAUUUGUCGCGCUGUCCACAAGCGGCAUGCUUCUCGUCGCCCUCACACCUGCCUCACGCGACGGCAGCGCCAUUGCGUGGAAGAUGUUCGGCGUCGUUCUGGCAAGCCUGAGCAGCGGAGGCGGGGAACUAAGUUUUCUCGGCUUGACACACUACUAUGGCCAGUUCAGCCUUGCAGCCUGGGGGAGCGGGACGGGGGGCGCUGGGCUCAUUGGAGCUGGCGCGUAUGUGAUCGCGACAACCACGCUGGGCCUUAGCAGCCGCGACAGUCUAUUCGCAUUCUCGUUCCUGCCGGUCAUCAUGUUGAUCAGCUUCUUCGCGGUGCUGCCGAGAGCGCCGCUGAAGAUGGCGAAAGGAGGGUAUGAAGCUGUCGCCGCCGAUGAGGAACAUGAGGAUGAGCUGGAGGCGGAAGAUGAGGGCCUUCUCGAUGGCUCCAUGCACUCCACCUCCGGACGCAGCUUUAGGUCCAUCAGUCCCCAACACAAGCGGAAGACCACCACUUUACAGGAUCUGAAAGCAAAUUUAAAACGCGCGCGAGGACUUUUCUUCCCCUACAUGUUACCCCUGUUACUAGUCUACGUCGCCGAAUACACCAUCAACCAAGGCGUCGCCCCGACCCUCCUCUUCCCCCUCGACCACUCGCCUUUCGCGGCCUACCGCUCCUUCUACCCAACUUACAACGCCAUCUACCAACUCGGCGUCUUCCUCUCCCGCUCCAGCACGCCUUUCUUCCGCAUCCACGACCUCUACUUCCCUUCCUUCCUGCAGUGCCUCAACCUACUCUUGCUAACCCUACACGCCCUUUUCGACUUCAUCCCGAGCGUCUGGUUUGUGUUUGGGAUUGUGUUUUGGGAGGGCUUGCUGGGGGGUUUGGUCUAUGUGAACACGUUCGCGGAGAUCACGGACAACGUGAGAAGUGAGGAUAGAGAGUUUAGUCUGGGAGCUACGAGCGUGAGUGACUCGGGUGGGGUCUGCGUCGCCGGGUUUCUGGGCAUGGCGUUUGAGGUCUGGUUGUGCGAUUGGCAGGUCGCGCAUGGGAGGGAUUAUUGCAGGAGGUUGUAG